CUUACAAUGCUAUAUUAAACUUAACCAAUCACCCUUCUUCUUCUUACUCAUCCAUCAAUUCCCAACACACACACACACACACAUUUUACCUCAUUCCUCAACCAAAUGGGUUGCUGCAUUAGCAAAUGCAGACCCGAUCCUAAACACUCCCUACAAUUACAACACCAAUUCAACCGCCACCAAAUUCAAGACAAGCUUGUCAUCUCAAGAACCCCACCACCACCUCCAAUCACCACUCUUUACCCUUCUUCAAAGCACAAAAUCACACCUUCUCCAUCCUCCCCCACCUCCUCCUCCACCUCCUCCCUCUCUUCCUUCACUCGCACCACCACCACCUCCAACACCAUCUCCUCCUCCGCCUCCUCCAUCUCCAGCGCCUCCUCCUCCACCCUCACCUCUUCCAAAUUCGACAAAUCCUUCUCCAACGAGUUUCUUUGGUCUUGCUACAAGGAGAAUCCCCACAUCGCUCGCAUCAAUUCACUCAAGGAUGCCUCUCUUUCCUUAACUCCACGUCAUCAUAGAAACACAAUAAACCCUUCAUACAUAAACCCUUCACCACCUACACCAACCAAACACUACUCUUCACCUCAAAAUGGUUCGUUCAAUUCCAUGCCGCAGAAGAGGAUGCGAUCAAACUCACCAACCAAUCUAACAAGACAGAAGAGUUUACGAAAGGAACCACCAAUGGAGCCAAUCAUUGUUACCCCUUCAGCAACCAACAUGAUCAACAUGCGUACCAGUAGAACAACGUUAGGGUCAUCAUCACCAUCACCGAGCAGAAGAUUCAUCGGAGACAAAUGUGGAAAUGCUUUGGGUACCACAUCGAUUAAUAUGAGGAAAGAUCAGGGUCUUAAAUCAACGAGUACGCUGAACAACAAUUCACAGCGGUUUCUCCAUGCUGGUUUGAGGCACAGAGAGACUUGCAAUUUAAGAGUUGGUUCUAAAAUUGAUGAAACCGUGGUUAAGGAUGUGAUGUCGAGCAAUCAUGAAGUGGACGCAACUAUGAUGGAGGAUAUUGACAACCCUCUUAUCUCCUUGGACUGUUUCAUCUUUUUGUAGAAACAAAUUAAAGUGUAUGUGUCCUUGCUUUGGUGUUCAUAGAAACUUUCGAAACUUCUUUUUUUACCCUUUAUUUUUUGGUUGAUUUUUCUGUUAGAUUUUUUGGGGGGGUGGUUGAAUAUGAGAAUUUAUUCAUUACUCCCAUAGAGGUUUGUGAGGUUGAUGAAAUUCAUGUUUAUGCCUUUUUAGUUGUAAGAUUAAAUACGCACACUAUUGUGUGUUAAACUUGACUGGUUUUGGAUUUGUUUUGUUUGAGUAUAAUGAGAGAAGUUCUUGUAUAAUAAUGUGAGAAUGUUAUGUUAUAUUCAAUAUUUUUCAAUUA